CGCGGAAGCAAAGCGCGAGGACAUUCCACGUCACUUGAGGUGGAUUUAGCGCGAGCGAGGCAGGAUUCUGACAUGAGAAUUUAGCGCUUUGACGUGAAACUCGCCGGAUGUGAUGCCACGAGCAUUGCGGCUUCACGCUCAAACUGACAGCGAAGGGAAUCUCGGGUUGUAAACAGAGAUUUCAUCUCAAGAGUGUCUGAUCUGGUGCUCGAUCUUAAUGGGUGAAUCAGGGACACGCCGCUCCACCCUGGUCUCCAGGCUUCCCAUCUUUAGACGUAGUGUGCGAAAGAGGCAGGAAUCGCUCCCCUCCUCGCCCUCCUCCGGUGGUGUCGGCAAUGGCGUCCACACUUCCUCUCCCUCCAGCACCAAUUCCAGCUCCAGCAGCACGAGCAAACGCCGCAGCCUCUUCCGCACACCGUCCCUCAGCUUCCACAGCAAAAGAAACAGUGACCCGACCCAGCUCAGCCUGGACAAUCGCAGCCAGGGAUCUGAAGCCACCUUUCGAGACGGUUCCAUCUCAAAGACGCGGCAUUCAUUCGGAUUUGGCGGACACAAGAAGAAGAUCACCCGAUCUCAGACGGAAAACCUUGAGAAAGCGUCCACCAAUCGCAGCGUGUUUAUUAAUUGCAUCAGCUCAAGGACCAAUGAGGGAGAUGAUUCAGGGUUCCUCGAUGAUGUGAGCAGCAAGAGGUCUUCCAAGCAUAAGAAGCAGCUGCUGCCCAAGUCCUUAUCAGCUCACCAGCGGUUUUCUAAGAACUUGUCCAAUGUCCCAGACCAGGGUAAAGGUCAGGAUACUGCGGAAGAUCCUCCUAAAACUGGUACCCCAGGUUCUUGGCCUGGAGAACUGGCUGAGAGUUCUCUACAGUCGCCCAUGAUCUCAGAAGACCGCACCACGGCAAUAACACCAUCCGAUUUUGUUCACGUUACCGAAGACUCUGUCUCUGAAGUGGACGCUUUACCAGCCCCUAGUCCAGCUGCUCCACCCGAAAACUUCAACCAAGCUGUUUCUACCUCGCAGGUGUCCUUCACCCCAGCCCAGGCCAGCACGGAAAAGCACUUACUGCCAGAUACCAGCCACACAGCCAACACUCAGUUCGAGAGCACCACUGCCCAUACGCAACCUGUAACGCUGCAAACAGUGAAAGAGCUGGACCUUAACACUGACCCUAAUGCUAACCCUGACCAGUCAGAGGCCAGUGAGAAUGAGCAAGCUCCAGAACUGAGUGAGGACAGCAGCUCCAAUCCAGACGCCCGUGGGAGGCGGUCCAGGAACACUGUGCUCAUUCAGCAGGCAGGAAGAUCAUCAUGCCUGAGCAAACUGGAGACCAGGCCAAGUCACCUGAGAAAGCUGCACACAGUGUCCAUGUGCAGCAGCGUGAGCCCGUACCAUGAGGUGAUGCGCAUGGAGAGACGUCUGCGGUCGGCCUCUGAGGGUGCAGGAGGACCCAGACUUCACCUAAACCUCAGGGAUCCUCACUGCAUGGAGGGCAACACUUUAUCCAAGCAGAGAACCAGUUCCUCAUCUUCCAAACUGGGCAGCCUGGAUGUUUUGAAUAACCUUGGCUCAUCUGAGUUGGAUGAGGAUGACCUGAUGCUGGAUCUCGACCUCUCUGAUGACCAGCGACCUCGCCAUGAUCAGUGGUUCUCAGCUGGUUUUGCUUCAGGACCCAGAUUACACAUUCGACAAGCGGCGACCCAACAAACCUCACGGGAGGAUUCCAGUCAAUCCCUUGCAUCAUGCCUCAACCUGCUGCCUUCACCCCUGGAGGCCUCCACCGUCCGGACCCCUGGAAGAGAUCCCAAGGAGCCCCCCCUCAGGGAGCAGCGGCCGAUGUCCCUCUGUCUGUCUCGUGAUGACGAAUCUUUGCCUGGGCUGGAAGCGCUGCCGUUCAGGCUGAUGCAGCAGGACUGCACAGCGGUAAAGACUCUUCUGCUGCGGCUACGCAGGACCCUGCAGGAGAGCACCGAGAUCAGUCCUGCCAGCAGCCUUCACUCUCUACCCAUAAGCCCCUGCAGUGAGAAAUCACUCCCCUUUAAGGAUCCUGGGAGAGAAGAGAACCAGUUCCUGCAGCAGCAGCUGAAGGAGAAAGACGAGCUCAUUGUACAACUUCAGGCUGAGUUGGAAUCCACCCGCACUGCUCUGAAAUCUCUUUGCCAAAAAGCUGACAAAAGCACUCAGACAGAUUUCUUACUCUCAGAGGUGAGUAGCCAUUAAAGCACCAUACGAAGG